AUGCCUUCACAAGUAGCGACUUGCUUGCGCCUAGCGCGGCAGUUCUCUGCUAACCCGAGCAAGCACCAACGGUUUCUUGCCCGUGCUUUCUCAAGCAGUACCAUCCGGCCUGAGAUCAACAAAGUCCUCUCGUCUGCAGAGCUGGCUAUCAAGGACAUGAAAUCCAACUCGACCGUCUUGGCAGGUGGCUUCGGACUCUCCGGUGUCCCAGACUCGCUGAUCAAGGCGGUGCGAGCCAAUCCCGAGAUCACAGGCUUGACGGUCGUCAGUAACAAUGCCGGAGUCGACGGAGCCGGCCUAGGUCUCCUCCUUCAGUCUAAGCAGAUCAAGAAGAUGAUUGCCAGCUACGUGGGCGAGAACAAGACCUUCGAGCGCAUGUACUUGACCGGCGAGAUCGAGCUCGAACUGACGCCUCAGGGUACUCUGGCGGAACGCUGUCGUUCCGGGGGCGCCGGUAUCCCCGCGUUCUAUACCCCCGCGGCGUUUGGCACGGUCGUUCAGACGGGCGAGCUGCCCCUGAAGCACAAUGCCGACAACACCGUCGCGCAGUACAGCCAGCCCCGAGACGUGAAGGUUUUCGAUAAUAAGAGCUACGUGAUGGAGGAGGCCAUCAAGGGUGACUACGCUUUCGUCAAGGCCUACAAGGCCGACAAGCUGGGUAACUGCCAGUUCCGGUAUGCCGCGGCCAACUUCAACGGAGCCAUGGGACGCAACGCGAAGAUGACUAUCGUGGAAGCGGAGCACAUCGUGGAACCCGGCGAGAUCGACCCCGCCGCUAUCCAUCUGCCUGGUAUCUACGUGAAGCGCGUUAUCCAGAGCACUGAGCCCAAGAACAUCGAGAAGUACACCUUCGCCAAGGAGGAUGGUGACGACGCGGGUGCCCUAGGCAAGGGUGACACCGCGGCCAAGCGGGAACGGAUCGUUCGUCGCGCCGCGAAGGAGUUCAAGAACGGCAUGUAUGCCAACCUGGGUAUCGGUAUGCCCAUGCUGGCUCCUAAUUUCGUGGAUCCCUCGGUGGAGGUGAUGCUGCAGUCCGAGAACGGUAUUCUCGGUCUAGGACCCUACCCUAAGAAGGGCCAGGAAGAUCCGGAUCUCAUCAAUGCAGGCAAGGAGACCGUGACUCUUUCUCCCGGUGCUGCUGUCUUCGGCAGCGAGGAGUCCUUCGGUAUGAUCCGUUCCGGACGGAUCGACCUCACCAUCCUGGGCGCCAUGCAAGUAAGCGCUCGCGGUGACCUGGCCAACUGUUAG